CUAGGGAAGCUCCAGGCCCCGUCCAGCUGGGGGCCAUAUGGCCCAGGCGCCUGCGGAGUUUGGCGCCUCCACACUGCAGCAGAGCCAGCAGGGCGAGGGCAGCCCAUCUGCUCCUCCUGGGCCGACCCAGUGUGAAUUCCAGGAGUGAUGCAGGGGGUGUCCGGCCCCUGGCCAGAGCUCUGCCUCCAUGCCCUGCCGGGCGGGAGCUGGUUAGAACCCAGGCCUGCACCUUGUGGGUACUGGAGGGCACAGGCGUGCUCAGCUGGCGGCCACGUGGGUCCCAGGCCAAGGCGCGGCCCCUUUAAGUGCAACACCACCGGCCACCAGCGGGGGCAGCACCGAGCCGCCGGCCUCUGCUCGCUGCCUGGAAGCUUCUGCCGAGGCCGCGGUGCGGGUGCCGGUGCCGGUGGGGGGCGCGGAGUGGAGGGCGGCGGGCGGCGGGCGGGCCCGGGCCUGCACGACCUGCGGGUUCGGGGAACAAGCAGCGCGCAGCCGGCCACCCGGUCCUUCAUCAGGAAGAGGCCAACAAGAUGGGCUAGAGCCUGACAGCCGGGUUCCUGCAGGGCUGAGGCUGGCAUGGAGCGCGUGCCCGCGGCCUGGGCCCAGGCCCCGCACCAGGGCCGCUCCGCCCCCCGCGCCCCAGGGCCAAAGCCCCGCGAGGCCGAGUGAGCGGCGGCCGCCGGCCUGGCGACCUCUGCUAAGAUGACCCGCACGGACCCGCCGGACCUGCUGGUGUCGACCGUGUACCAGGACAUCAAGGUGGCGGCCCCUGGGCCCUCGCCGCGGCGCCCGCCAUGUGAGCGCCCCGCGGCCCAGCCCGCGGCGCCCGCGCCUUUCAACAAGCGCCACUGCCGCAGCUUCGACUUCCUGGAGGCGCUGGACGGGGCGGCCAUGGAGGGCGCCCCCGCGCCGCCGCCCGAGCCCCGGGCCCCGCGCGCCCGGCCCCGCGACAGCGAGCCCCGGCGCCGCGCCCGCUCCAAGAGCGCGCCCCGCGAGCCCCCGGGCCUGGCGCCCGCGCCCGCGCCCGCCUCGCCGCCGGUGCAGCCGCGCCGAGGCCGGGAGGCCCACCGGGUGGCGCGGGCCGAGGGGUCGCCGCGCCGGGAGUCCCCGUACCCCGCGGGGCGCGCGCUCGCCAACGAGCUGCACCCCAUCAAGCUGCAGCCGCAGCGGGGCGGCCCCGGCCGCAUGGCGCCCCUGUGCGCCGCCGCCGACCGCUACCCGCCGCCCGAGCCCCUGGCCGCGCCGGCCCCGCACGUGCGCUGCCGCCUGGACAUCAAGCCGGACGAGGCGGUGCUGCGGCACGCCGCCCGGGGGUCGCGGCCCUGCGGGCCCGCCCCGCCCGCCCCCUGGGCCCGCGCGGCGCCGGCCCUGCAUGGCCUCACGGUGCCCGGGCCUCGCCGCCUGGCGCUGUCCCGCACGCCCACGCCCAGCGACUCCUUCUGCCCGGACCCCCGGGGCGCGCCGCUCUGCGACGGCUUCCUCCCGGGGCCGCGGGACCUCGGGGAGCGGCGCGCCUUCGCCGCCCCGCCCGGCCCCUCCCAGUUCUUCUACACGGAGGAGCCCGAGGGCCGCCCCGGCGGCUUCCCCGCCAGCCCGGGGCCGCCCUGCGACGGCUACUUCCCCCGGCCCUUCCGGCCCGAGGAGCCCGCGGUGCCCAGCCCGCGCCGCGGGGGCAGCUACCUGGCCUGGGAGGCGCGCACCUUCCCUUUCCACGAGCCGCCCGCGGGCGCCUACUACGGAGAGGCGCCCCCGGCCUUCGUCCCGCCCUGGGGCCCCUGCUUCCCGCCCGCGGAGGCCCAGCCGGCCGCCCGGCCCUUCUACACGGAGGACUGGGGCCGCUACCGGGACCGCGACGGUCUGGCGCGGACGUACCCGCACCCGCGCGGCGGCCCGGCCUGGGCCGACUGGGGGGACUGGGGCGACUGGGGCCCGCGGCCGUACCGGACCCUGCAGGCGGCGCCGCCCCCCGCGCCCGGCCCGCUGCUCGCCUCCUGGCACGGGGGCACCGGCGCCAGCCCGCCGCGCCUGGCCUCCGGCAGCCGCCACCACUCGCGCUCCUGGGACAACAUCCUGGCGCCCGCGCCGCGCCGCGAGGACCCGCCGGGCCGCGGCCGCAGCUACGAGAACCUGCUGGGGCGGGAGCCGUGGGGCGCCUCCCCGGGGGGCCGGCGCGCGCCCGUCGUGGUCAACCUGUCCACGUCGCCCCGGCGCUACGCCGCGCUGUCGCUGUCCGAGACGUCGCUGCAGGAGAAGGGCCGCGGGGCGGACGGCGCCGGGCGCAGCUGGUACGUCACCCCCGAGAUCACCAUCACCGACAACGACCUUCGCGCCGCCGAGCGCCCGGCCGCCGGGGGCUGGGAGCCGCCCGCGGGCCGCCGCCGGCCUCCCCCGCCCGCCGGCCCCGUCGGCGGGCGCCAGCGCAGCCUGGAGCAGCUGGAUGAGCUCAUCACCGACCUGGUGAUCGACUCCCGGCCCCUGGCCGGCCCCGCCGCCCACCCCGCGGCCGACGGCCUGGGCCGCCGGCUCCGCCACCUGCUGGACCUGCGGCCCGCUGGCUCCGGGGUCCCCGCGCAGGCGCCGCGCUCGCCCCCCGCGUCCCCCGGCAGCGCCGAGGAGCCCGCGGGCGCGGGGCCGGCGGCGGACGAGUCGCCCGAGCCCAGCGCGGACGAGGACGACCUGAUGACCUGCUCCAAUGCGCGCUGCGGCCGCACCGAGACGCUGUUCCACGCGUGCCUCUACUUCAAGUCCUGCCGCAGCUGCCACACCUACUACUGCUCGCGCCUGUGCCGCCGCGAGGACUGGGACGCGCACAAGGCGCGCUGCGUGUACGGCCGCGUGGGCAGCGUGUGCCGCCACGUGCUGCAGUUCUGCCGCGACAGCGGCCCGGUGCACCGCGCCUUCUCGCGCAUCGCGCGCGUGGGCUUCCUGUCGCGCGGCCGCGGCGUGCUCUUCCUGGGCUUCCCGAGCCCCGGCUCCGCCGACAACUUCCUGCGCUUCGGCCUCGAGGGGCUGCUGCUGUCGCCCACCUACCUGUCCCUGCGGGAGCUGGCCACGCACGCCGCGCCGCUGGGCGGCUACGCGCGCGAGCUGGCGGCCGCCGGGCGCCUGUACGAGCCGGCCGAGUGCUUCCUGCUCAGCGUGUCCGUGGCCGUGGGCCCCGGCGCCACCGCGCCCGGCGGCGCCCCCGCCAGGCCCGCGCCCGCGCCGCGGAGCCCCGGGCCCACGGUGCGCAAGUUCGCCAAGGUGGCGCUGGCGGCCGGCAGCCCCGCGCGGCCCGCCCCGGCGCGGGGGCCGGACCCCGACAUGGAGACGCUGAUCCUGACGCCGCCGCCCGGCACGGCGGGCCUGGACCAGGAGGGCGAGGCGGGCCGGCGCGCGCGCGAGGUGGCCUUCAUCCACAUCCAGCGCGAGCUGCGCCUGCGCGGCGUCUUCCUGCGCCACGAGUUCCCGCACGUCUACGAGCAGCUCUGCGAGUUCGUGGAGGACAACCGGCGCUUCACGCCCACCACCAUCUACCCCACGGACCGGCGCACCGGCCGCCCCUUCAUGUGCAUGAUCAUGGCCGCCUCGGAGCCGCGCGCUCUGGACUGGGUGGCCAGCGCCAACCUGCUGGACGACAUCAUGUGAGGCCGGGCGCCUGGGCCCUGGACAGCCAUACAGGCCCGCCCCUCCCGCCUCUGACCCCGCCCACUCACUGAGGCCCGCCCCGCCCACCCAGGACCACCUCUGUUCAUUCACACCCGCUCCUGCUUCGAAGCCCCCGCCUUGUUCACCUGGAGCUCCGACAGGGACCUCCUAUUGCGUCCUCUGCAAGCCCGCCUUCCCCACCUCCCUCCUGCGACCCCCGCCCCCAGUCCC